AUGUCGUCGAAAGCAAAGAAGCUGAGCGCGCUUGCAGCCCUCAAGGCGAAGCGCGAUGGCAUCUCUCUUCCCACAACCUCCAGAUCGGGCGACCAAUCCGACGACGAUGAUGCUAUUUACGAUGAAGUUUCGGAAGACGAGUACCGCUCCAUUCUCCGGGGGCGUGUCAUGAACGACGACUUCAUCGAGGACGACGAUGGCUCAGGAUAUGUUGAUCACGGUCAGGACGAAUGGGAUGACCGAGCUAGAGCACACGACGAUGAAGAUGAGGACACCGAGGAUGAACAGGAGUACUUCGAACGUACGGGUAAACGCAAGCCCAAGAAAGGCACAAAAGCUCGCUCCAAGCUCAAAGGCGCAGAUGCCCCUUCGUCCGCGUACCAGAAGUCGAGCCUUUCAGCAGCUUUCAGCAAACAGCGCAGUGUUUCCGGUGCUCUCUCCAAUGAUCUCGGAGCCAGCCGCGCACGCGACGCUCAGCGGGUGCGGUCUGCCGCGCUCGACGCGUACCGUCCCACUGUGAGCAAGGAGAAGGAAGACGACUUCAUGGCCAACCUCAUGGGUAACCUCGACGAAUUCGGUGCGCAGCCUUCUUCGUCCUCUCACGAUCCAGCCAGCCCUUCCCCCGCCAACCGCCUCUCCUCCUCCCUCUCCAAGAAGCGCAAGCAGCACGAAGAAAGUGCCUUCUCCCGCUUCCGCACCUCGAGCUCCCUCGGUGCCAGCAACGGUUUCACGAGCCCUUCCUCUGGCGCUCCCACAAGCGACUCAGCACAUCCUUCCAGCGACAACGUCGAGCCUCGCGUACACGUCAGCGGUAGCGACACGCCUCCCUGGGGUCCCAACCUUGGCUCGGAUCCCGUCUUUGAGCUCGACGAUGAACUCCCCGCCUCGAACAAGAAGCUACGUGGUCCCAAGGGCCUGCCCAGUCGCAUCGGCAGCCUCGGUCUUGGAGACGCGGACAACGACGUCUUCAUCAGCCACCCGUCCAAGCGUGCAGCGGGUCUCGGCAACGACGCUCUCGCUUUUAGCGACGACGAGAACGAGGAUUUGGCGGUUCGACGAGUCGAGGUGGGCUCGCUUCCGGCGAAGACGGUCGAUGCUCGCGGCCAGGCAUCGCGACCGAAGCCGAGUGCGCCUGCCGCGGUGGUAACACCGCGUGCGGCAAAGCUCGAAGCUGACAACAAGGCGCCAUCGGCAUCGACACCCUCUUGGACACCCAAGCCUUCCCUCAAGGAGGACAACAAGACGCCAGCGAGCAGAAGCAGCUGGCAAAAGGUCCACAACGAUCUCAUGAAGAACGUCGAGCCCGCGACACCGACCCCGGGUGCUGCCAAUGGCAACGUCAAGACGGCGGCAGGCACUGCUACGCCCUCGGCGGGCAAGAUCAAGGCAUUCGAAGACGACAAGUCGCUUUUCUUCUAUUGGCUCGAUUACCUCGAGGGCGAGAAUGGCGUCGUGUAUCUUGUGGGCAAGGUUAAGGACAAGGACUCAGGACGCUAUGUCUCAUGCUGUUUGACUGUCAACGGCAUCGAGCGUUGCAUUUUCCUUCUACCCCGAAGCAAGCAGCUCGAGAAUGGUCACGAGACUGAUCGCGCUGUCGGCGAAGACGAGAUCUACGACGAGUUCGAGGAGCUCACAGCCAAGCAUGGCAUCAAGCGCUUCCUCUCCAAAUGGGUCACGCGCAAAUACGCUUUCGAGCAUGCCGGUGUGCCUGCCGAGUCCAACUACAUGAAGAUCCGCUACGGCUUUGAUGAGCCCCAAUUGCCCUUCGACUUCAAGGGGAGAACAUUCAGCAAAGCGUUCGGCACCAAUACGUCGCCCUUCGAGCUCUUGGUGGUCAAGCGUCGCAUCUUUGGCCCUAGCUGGCUCAAGAUCUCGAACGCCAGUCUCGCUGAAGGCUCAACGCCCAUCUCGUGGUGCAAGAUGGAAGUCACCAUCGACGAUCCCAAGGACAUCUCGCACAUCUCGGACGCUGACACGACUUCUCCGCGCGAGACGCCGCCUUUGACUGUUAUGUCGAUCGCCGUGCGCACCGUUGUCAACCACAAGGAAAACAAGCAGGAGCUCGUCGCGGUCAGCGCACGCACUUGGAGCGACCACCAGAUUGAGGAUCCCACGCCGCCGGAACAGCUUCCCUGCUCCGUCUUCACUGCUGUCCGGCCGCUCGGCAACAUGUUCCCGCCUGGCUUUGAGGCCGAGGCGCGCAAGAGCAAGAUCAAGAUUCACACACUCAAGUACGAGCGCAUGCUGCUCAAUGCGCUCCUUGCUCAGAUCCACAAUGCCGACCCGGACGUCAUCGUCGGACACGAGUUCAACGGCGUCUCGCUCGACGUCCUCCUGCACCGUAUGAAGGACCUCCGCGCCGACCAUUGGUCUCGCGUCGGCCGCUUCCGCCGUCCCAAGUGGCCCAAGCUCAAGCAGGGCAUGAACCUCAAGAUCCUCGCCGGCCGCCUGGUCUGCGACUUGGCAUCGGACAACGGCAAGUCGAUGAUAACCUCGACCACGUGGUCGCUCACCGAGAUGUGCGGUACGCAUCUCAAGAUCCAGCGCGAAGACAUUGAUCCGGAAGAGACGGCGUCGUUCUUCGAUUCGCUGGCGCCCUCACCCGAGCGCUUGAUGACGUUUGUGCGCCAUUGCGAGGUGGACACGUUCUUCCAGAUGGCCAUUGCCGCCAAGGUGCAGAUCCUGCCGCUGACCAAGCAGUUGACCAAUCUGGCGGGCAACAGCUGGAACAAGACGCUCAAUGGAGGACGUGCCGAGCGAAACGAGUACAUCUUGCUGCACGAUUUCCACCGACAGAAGUACAUCUGCCCGGACAAGAUCUCGGCGUGGGAGAAGAAGCAGAUCCAGCAGGCUGCCGAGCUCAAGGCCAAGGCGCGUGCCAAGUCUGGUGCCGGUGAUGCUGUUGCUGCCUCAGCGGCCGCAGCCAACAGCAAGAAGGACAAGUUCAAGGGUGGUCUUGUCUUUGAGCCCAAGCGUGGGCUGUGGGACAAGUACAUUCUGGUCAUGGACUUCAACUCGCUGUAUCCGUCGAUCAUUCAGGAGUUCAACAUCGAUUUCACGACGGUCGAGCGUCCACCUACGCAGGGGCUGGAAGACGAAGAGGUUGCAGCGACUGCUGCCGCUGCUGCUGCUUCCGCCGGUGGCGAAGGUGAGGCGGGCGGUGACACUGCCGCCGACGUGGACAAGAUUCCGGACAUCCCAUCGUCGGACGUUGAGCAAGGUGUGCUUCCACGCAUCAUUGCCCAGCUCGUCGCGCGUCGUCGACAGGUCAAGUCGCUGAUGAAGGACAAAACGGCAACACCGUCGCAGCUGAUGCAGUGGAACAUCAAGCAGCUUGCGCUCAAGCUCACAGCCAACUCGAUGUACGGCUGUCUCGGCUUUGAAAACUCGCGAUUCUACGCGCGACCUUUGGCAGCAUUGACGACGUUCAAGGGACGAGAGAUUCUCACCGCCACUAAGGACCUGGCCGAGUCGAUGCUGUUGGAUGUCAUCUACGGUGACACGGACAGUGUCAUGAUCAACACCAAUGCCACUGAGUACCGCGAGGCGCUGCGCAUUGGUCAGGAGUUCAAGAAGUCGGUCAACGAACGAUACCGCCUGCUCGAGAUCGACAUUGACGGUGUGUUUGAACGCAUGCUGUUGCUGCAGAAGAAAAAGUACGCCGCUGUGCUCGUCGACGAGGAUGGGAAGCGUAGCACGGAGAUCAAGGGUCUGGACAUGAAGCGCCGUGAGUACUCGGCGCUGUCCAAGAACGUGUCCAACUACGUACUGGACCAGAUCCUUUCGGGACAGGCGACCGAGCUCGUUGUCGAACACAUCCACGAGUAUCUCUCGGACAUGUCGAACAAGAUCAAGACGGGCCAGGUGGCGUUGGACGACUUUAUCAUCUUCAAGCGGCUGGGUAAGAAUCCGGAGGACUACCCGGAUGUCAAGUCGCAGCCGCACGUGCAGGUGGCGUUGCGCAUGAAGGCGAGAGGUGGCAGUGCGAGGAUGGGCGAUGUGAUUCCGUACAUCUUCUGCUUGGGCGAGGAUGGCACGUCGAGCACCAAGACUGCGCAGGCGGAGCGGGCGCACCACCCGGACGAGUUGAGGAAGAAGGACAGCGAGCUCAAAAUCGACUACGAGCACUACCUGGCGCUGCAGAUCCUGCCGCCGGUGGAGAGGCUGUGCGAGAGCAUCGAGGGCACGGAUCGGUCGAGGCUGGCCGAGUGCCUGGGGUUGGAUCCGGCCAAGUACUCCCACGUCUCUGCGUCCGGUGUUGGUGGUGGCGGCGCUGGAGUCGAUCGCGAGUUUGCAACGCUCGACUCGCAGAUCCCGGACGAGGUGCGAUUCGCACAGUGCGAGCCUCUUACGCUCACCUGCCCCACCUGUCGGGAGAGCAGCGCCUUCCUCGGCCCCGCACACCGACCGCGCUCGGCUGCCGUCAAGCUGCCGCUGGGCGAUUCGACCAACACAUCCGCGCAAGAGCGCAACGCCAUCUCGACCAAGGGCAUCCGCUGCACCAACCCAGCGUGCCAACGCAUGCUGCCGCUCGCCACGGUGGCGAUCCAGCUCGAGCUCGCGGUGCGCACCUACAUCGACCGCUACUAUGCCGGCUGGACCGAGUGCAGCGAUCCCAACUGCGGCUCGCGCACGCGCAUGGCGAGUGUCUACGCCAAGAGAUGCCUCGCCAUCCACGAUGCGAAGUCGGCGGCCCUGCUCGAUGCCACCGCACAAGUGGGGUCGCACCUCGCCUGCCGUGGCCGCGUCGAGCCGAGUUACAGGGACAAGCAGCUGUACGACCAGCUGGUCUACCUCGAGUCGCUGUUCGACGUAUCGAGGAUUCGUGACAAGGUCUCGGCGGGGACGGCAACAGCGAGUGCUAAGGCGUGGCAGGAUGAAGUACUGGCCAUGCUCGACGUCAACAAGCGCGAACUGGAUGCGCUGCACAAGACGGUAGACAAGUAUUUGGCAAAGAACGGCAGGAGGUUUGUCAAGCUGGCGAGUUUGUUCAGGUUCAUGAAGGUGUGA